GGCAGACGAAUGCUGGAAAAUCUCAGGAAAAAACAUAAAACUGGAAGAGUGAAUGUGAUUUAAAGAGUAUACGCUGGUCUGGAUGGAUGAGGAGUGGUGGUGCACACAGGUGAGAUGAACUGACUGACAAGGCAAGACUGAGUAGAGCCAAGGCGUGGUCAAUGAAAACAUACUAAGAGGGCUGACUGAACUGUGACACCGAGUAAAUUCUACUGUCAAUGUGAUUCCUGGUGUUUGUUGUUAACAAAGAAGACAUCAGUGGACGUCACACUGGACCCUUCACUCCCACAUUAAUGUGUCCAUCUGCAGAAGACAUAUGAAGAGUUUUGCAGACAGUGACUGAAUCAAGAUGUUUUGAAAUCUCAACAUCUCUGGGAUCAUAAACCAGACGACAAAGAACAGUCAGCAAAGAUUCAGAAAAGAAGUUCACAGUCAUAGAGUCAACACUCAUCAUGAGGAUGGACGAUCUUCUCUGACCAUGAAGAGUUUGUUGUCUCAUUACAAAUAACUCUCCAUAGUGUUGGUGGAAUUCUUAAUUGUAUCACAAUGGCUUCUGCAGUUUCACAACGUCCAGGCUUUUCAGAUAAGUCCAAUAAAAGACUUGCAGAUGCUGUUAAAGGAAAAAGCACUCUGUUGGAAUCUGAGAAAGGACCUCUCUCUGUUUAUAAGAUUCCCCUGAAAGAACAACAAACCAGUGUAUGUAGUGUCUGCAGAUGGUUCAGUUUUGGGAAAGACGUCACAAAACACAGUCGUACCAUAAUGGUUGUUGGAGCAACUGGUGCUGGGAAGUCAGCUCUCAUCAAUGGGAUGAUCAACUACAUUCUAGGUGUUAAAUGGGAGGACUCAUUUAGGUUUAAGUUAGUUGUUGAGGAUCAGUCACUAUCUCAGGUUCACAGUCAGACCUCUGAAGUCACUGUGUACAAAAUCAACCACCAGGAGGGGUUUAACAUCCCCUACUCUCUGACCAUUGUGGACACUCCAGGUUUUGGAGACACCACAGGAAUAGACAGAGACAGAGAGAUCACAGAGCAGAUACGUAAUUUAUUCUCUUCUGGACAUGGUGUCACUGAAAUUGAUGCAGUGUGUGUUGUAGCUCAGGCUUCUUUACCACGACUCACACCAACACAGAAAUAUAUCUUUGACUCAGUGCUCUCAAUCUUUGGCAAAGAUGUGGCAGAAAACAUCAGAGUUCUGGUCACAUUUGCAGACGGUCAAAAGCCUCCAGUUCUAGAGGCAAUCAAUGCUGCAGGUGUCCCAUGUCCUAAAACUAAGAACGGGCUGCCACUUCACUUCAAAUUCAAUAAUUCAGCCUUGUUUGCAGACAACAAAUGUGCUGUGAGUGGAGAUGAUGAAGAUGAUGAUGAUGAUGAUGAUGAUGAUGAUGAUGAUGAUGAUGAUGGAGGAUUUGAUCAGAUGUUUUGGAACAUGGGGAUAAAAAGCAUGAAGAAGUUUUUUGGUGCUUUGAAUCAAGUAGAAACUAAAAGUUUGACACUGACAAAGGAGGUCCUCAGAGAAAGACAACAGCUCGAGAUUUCAGUCGAAAAUCUGCAGGUGAAGGUUAAAGUUGGUUUAGCCAAGAUGGAGGAAAUGAAAGAGACAAAAGAAAAACUGAAAGAGUUUGAGGCAGAGAUCAACAGAAAUGAGAAGUUUGAGUUUGAAGUGACUGUCACAAAGCCUUUUCAAGAGGACAUUUCUGGCUCUGGAAACCACAUCACCAACUGUCAGACAUGUCAUGUCACCUGUCACUACCCUUGUGCUAUACCAAAUGAUAGAGAUAAAGCAGGCUGUGCUGCAAUGGGACCAGAUGGAUACUGUAAACAGUGUCCAGGCAAAUGUCACUGGAAUGUACAUUUUAAUCAGAAGUACAGAUGGGAGUAUAAAGAAGUUAAAGAAAAACAAACUGUGAAAGAGCUGAAGGAAAAAUAUCUUAAAGCCACAGACGCUAAGAAACCUGUUCAGACAUUGAUUGAUAAACUGAAGGCUGUAUAUGAUCGUAUCCAGGAUGAGGUGGUGAAUCUGAUAAAGGAAUCUGGUAGAUGUCUGGACAGACUGAAAGUGAUAGCACUGAAACCAAACCCUCUGUCCACUCCAGAGUACAUUGACAUGUUGAUUGAAGGAGAGAAAGCUGAGGCCAAACCAGGCUGGAAGAAACGAGUUGAGUCUCUGAUGAAGAUGAAACAAAAAGCAGAGUUCAUGGCUAAAGUAGAGAAAGGAGAGAAUCUUCUCAGUUCUCAGUUUUAAUUAAGGUCAACAGGACAAACAUGACACUGAGACUAAAACCAACAGAGACCAAGACAAGGACGAUAACUGCAGUGACAUUAAAGACCAAGACAAGAGAUUGAUAGAAACCAAGAGGAAAAGACCAACAGAGACCAAGACAAGGAACAGACUGAUUCAGAGACUGAGCUCAGUUCUGAUUUAGUUCAAGAUGUGACUGGAGUUUUAUUCAAGUAGUCGAUUACAUGAUGUCCUGUGGCUUUAAAAACACAAGAAAAGAUGUGAAACAUAAUUCAUUAGUACUUUUUUUUUCUGUGAGAAUAUUUUCAGCUUUAAUUUUCUUUAAUGAUGAUGAUUUUUUCAUGAUGAUGAUGAUGAUGAUGAUAAGGAUGAUGAUGAUGAUGGUGAUGAUGAUGAUGAUGAUGGUGGUGAUGAUGAUGAUGAUGAUGAUCUCUUAGCUCUGCUCUUCUCUUCUCUGGACUCUUCUUGUGUUGGUUAAUGCUGCUCUGUGGGAUUAAUAGUGUUUAGUAGGUAGAUGAUGACUAACAUAGUAGCUACACCAACGUAGUCAUUUCUCUAGUUUUUACUUUGUAGUAGUUUAAUCAUGACUGUGUUUUGGAGAUACAGAGACCAUAUAUUGAUUAUUAUGUAUUAUUUUCUUUGUGAUUGACAGUUUUCUUUCUGAUAAACAGAUAUUUUAUGAUCUCAAUUACUAAGUGUCUUUAUUACAGAGAUAUCAGAGUUUGCUUUUGUGGUUGUGUUAAAGUUGUUUCUAUCUAAACAACAGGAAGAGAGUAAAUCAUGACUGAUGACAGAAAUUCUACUGGUGUGAAUUAAAUCAAAUGAGAUUAACCUGUGUUUAAUAAACUGGCUUCAACUAAACUCUGAGGAUUAAAGGUUUUAAUUCUUUUAUUUUAUCUCUUGUCUUUUUGUUUUAAAGGGAAAAUUGUGAAGAUUGAAAUUGUGAAGUUUCUUUGUAAAUCCUCUAGUUAAGACUGUCAUGUAGGUGUUAAGAGAACAUGUCGCUGUAGAAUAUGAGAGACAAUGAUGCUGAAUGGACAAAGAGAAACAAAGAGUGGAAAUAUUCUGGAGUGAACCAAAGAAAAGCAGCAUUAAUAUAUCAUAGUAACUGAAGCUGUUGAAUGUGUUUCAGUGUGUGAAGUGAAGUAAUCAAUAAACUGAUCAUCAUGAAUGAAUCAACA